AAUAUGACUUUUAUGGUACAUGGUCCGCCACCUACUCAUCUCCAUGGGGAUGUUAUUGCUUUACCAUCAUAUGGCUUUAAAAUUGUUCUGAUGAAGCAGCUGACGCCACAAGACCUGACAGAGGAGAGGCAAGAGGCAUGUUUUUCUAAAAUAUUGGCAAAGGAAGAACAUUUCCAUGAGAAGAACAGGUGAUGAACCUUCAGCACAAUCCGCAUCACAAAAGUUACUAAGAUAUGUAAGAUACGUAGACGUAAUUAUGUACAUACAGAUUCUCCUUUGCUCCCAGUAGAUGGUGGUGUUGCUCUGCCUGAUCAUGGUGACUGACCCAGAAGACUCUAAUAGAUCCAUGACCUGACCAUGGACCGGACCUGAUCAUAGACCGGGCCUGACCCAAAAAGAUGACCGACAACAUUAAAGAUCGUUUAUAUUUGGAGGAAGCACCACGCGGUUUCACUGGACGCUCCAUUAGCUUUGACUGAUUUCCGGUCAGAAUAUUUGAGACGAAGUGGGAGCUCUGUGUUUGAAUCCUAUCGUUCGCUCGGCACCAGCAGCACAUAGACUAUGGCAGCACCGUGAGCAGCACCACUCGGAAUAAUGAUGGGGAACGCUACUGCUGAAGAGCUGUAACGACAAUCAGGGGGAAGCCAAUGGACGCCAUGCCACAGCUGUCUUCAUCCCUGCCGCAAGUGUGCAACCAGGAUGAAGAAGCGCCGGCAGAAGAGGAAGAAUUUGGGGAGUUUAGUAACUUUCCUGGUGGUGCUGAUGGCUUUAAUUGCUCCCCAUGGGAAUCUGCAUCCAACUCUCUAUCUUUACACUCAGAUCCCUGCCAAUCUAUUUCCAGGUUAAAUCAGCCAGUUGAGCAGUCUCAACCCACAUCUACUAUGAGUCUUAAAUCCAUUGAUGACCAGGCAGCAUGUGUAGAUGAACUAUCUGAAAAGUACCCUUAUGAUGGGGACAAGAGCUCAGUUCUGAAAGCUUGCUUUCUCACAAAUGAAACAGACUUUGCAGACUUUUCUGUAUUUGGCGAACAAGCAGCACAAGCCUGGUGUUGUGGUCUGGCUGGUGCAGAGUUUUGGGAUGGAAGAGAGGGGAUGUCUGCGCUGAGACACAACUAUGUCACCCCGGACGAGAAUGUAAUUUUAGAUUCUGAACCCAAAUCUUGUGCUUUCACAUCAACAGGCAACAUUUGCACCAUUGUCAACCACUGUGAGAAAAGAAAUAAAUCAUCUCAGGACAAUAACAGUAAACCACAUCUUCAGGUGGAAUGGGGCCAUUUUGGAGAUAAAUCUGCUGACAAGUCUUGUGAAAGUCACAAAGAGAGAAAGCAUAGUUUCAAUCUAAAUUUUUUACGAACUUCAAAAGAAGUAGAGGAAAGAGGAAAGAAAGAAAAGAGUGUUUCAACACUUUCUCAGACAGCAGGCUUGUAUGACUUUGUGGACAAUGUAUCAUUUGAUGAAGGCUCAUCACAGGAUGAACCAUCUGAGGAUUUUGAGCCAAAUGUAUCUUCUCUUGCUUCACCAGAUGACACAGACCCUGAUGAAUAUCCAACUGAUGAUGAAGAGGAACUGAGGAACUAUAGGCUUUCUCGAUCCUUUUGCAACAAUGAUUUCAUUUGGUACAACACAUCCAAUUCUGAUGUUGAUACCGGUCUUUUUUAUGACGAUCACUUUGCAGCUCAGGAAUCCUCUGCUACCUCUGCACUCUCAGAAUAUGAAGAACAUUCUGAAGAAGAACAAGUGUCCAGAGGUGUCAGUUUAGAGUCCCACACGAGCCAAGAACCUGUCCAAUUAGCUGACGGAGAUGUACAAAAUCUACAAGGUCUUCCGCCCAGUGACAGCUUUGCUGACUUUUGCUCAGCACCCUCACAAGAGGACAGACAGUGUGAGCUAUUUCAAGACCGACAGGAGGCCUUUGGACAGCAGUAUGAUAUAACUAGCUGUGAGGUUGUGCUCCAUUGUCAAGUUCAACAGCUGUUGCUGGCCAGUUUCCCACAGUUGGUCUCAGCUGAAGAAGUGGAGGAUCCAGUUUAUGGACUAGAAACACUGCUUUUCUUCAAAGAUGAAAGUGACCAUGAAGAACAGGAAUCAAAACAGUUUGACUCACUCUGCAUCCCUCCUGGCUUAAGAUGGUCAUCUCAGGACAUUCACUCAGCUGCUGGCCUGCAGUUUCAGUGGGGUGGUUCCCAUACCAGUAUGGGUUUACUACAAUGCCUUGGUGUGGACUCAAGGAAUAUUGUGGUCAUUGGCUUAAAGAAGCAGCCAGUGGCUGUACCUGCAUUAGCAUCCCACCGGGGACAACUGGAGCCUAUCAAGGACUCAUUGUCACCUGUACAUUUUUCAGGACAAACUAAAGUGACAACACAUAAACCUAUGAGUACCUAAGACAGCUCACUGGGUUUAUUAAAGGAUUACCUGUGCCCUGUGCUGAACUGGAGCAGUCAAAGCCUUAGCAGUUCUCAGGAUGGUACGUCCCAUUUCUAUGCCCCACUCUUUUGGAUACUCAAAGAGUCUGUUGUUUGGCAGCUUAUAUUAAUCUUGGUCAUCCUGUUUUACGGUUUUUCCCUUCUGAGGUUGCUACAGCAAAUCAUAUGGCUCAUAUAAUACGCUGUGAAUUCACUAGCUCUUAAUUGUAAAGAAAAAAAGAGCUACCUCAUUUUCAAUAAAAAAUAGGUACAGGUGCUUUAUGUCACUAUGCCAUACUAACUGUCUGUUACAUUCAUGUGAGUUUGCUGCUAAUAAUACAGCUAAUUUCACAAAUUUAUAUACAACUGUGCCCUGAAACGUCACUUUUACUUAAUGGACAAAUCAGCAACAAUAGUUUUAAAUGGCCUUUACAUAUAUUUAUUUUCAUAAUGAUUUAUUGCAAUCUAACCAACCAACCAAAAACUAUUGUGCACGUUUUUAAUGAUUCCAUGUAGAGAUUUGGUUUGAUUUGAAAUUAGAUUAAUGUUAAGAGUAAGACCAUCUGAGUACAGCAUUAAUGGUAGCACUGUUUGGCAUGCCAACAUUUAUAAAUGUGUAUUCAUUUGUAGCAUGUAAACAUGUACAAUAGAGAAUAUGUUAUUAAAAAUAACUGAGGCCCUGAAUAUGUAGUCUUUACUCAAGAUGCAAAAAUUGUAAUGGGCAAUAGUAUACUGCAGAGGGCAGCAGCAGAAGAACACCCAUUUACACAUACACCUGUACUCAACCAUUGAACAACCAAUAAAGUGCAUUGAAAUAAAAUGAAAAUAAUUAGCCCAUUAAUACUUAUUUAUGGGGAAAAAUACAAAGAAUAACUCAGUUGAGAUAAAGAUAGUAAAUAUGACAACAUAUUUUUUAUUUUAGUUGUGCCUUCAUUGCUGUAAGAGUUUUUCCUAUUUCUAUCUUCGGACCUAUUAUUUUGUUAAGACUGUCUAAUGUACUGCUGUAAAAUACUUGUGAAUAUAAAAUAAAUUUGAUGAUUUCUAUUAUA